AGUUGAUCGGAACUGGUAAGACUCCAAGCCGUUUCGCGGAACCCGGCGGAAUAGCAUGGGUGCGUGAUCGCGGCCCAUCGGCGCCCGAGACCGCCAUCGUCACCUAGGGAGCACCUCGUGCAUGUGGGUAUGAAAGCCGGUGUUUCGUCGCGCGAUUUGCUUCAGGGGAUCACCUGGACAUUGUGGCAAUCUCGAUUACGCGGCCGAAUUCCCCUGGGCUAAGGAUUAUGGACGUGGUGGAAAAAGUGGAUCUGGACUGGGCAUUGAACGCCAUGCAACCCCCGGGGGUAAGCGACGGAGAACUCGUUUCGACCAGUGGCCGAAUUUCACGCCGCGGAUCCCGUGGACAUCACUUCCUGGAGAAUCACGUCAUCGUGGCUGUCGUCCUUGUCAUUAUUGUGUCGAUCCUCGGGCCCCACCCUAUUGAAUGUCUGACGCGGGAAGCCGGGGGUCCUCCGGGUACUGGUCGAAUGCUGCUAGCCGCCAAAAAGCCCAACGAGUCGUCGGACCUUGUCCAGCCCGAGAUCAUUACCGAAGGGGUGGAUCAGAACGUCACAGCUGCAAAGGGAACCACGGCUUAUCUCGAGUGCCGGGUGAAGAACCUCGGGACCCGAGCGGUAUCCUGGAUGCGAAAACGAGAUCUGCACGUGCUCACGAGCGGAAUUUUUACGUACACGUCCGACCCCCGGUUCCGAGCAGUUCAAGGGGAAGGCUACGAAUCAACAAGCCGUGACGAGGACUGGAAGCUGGAAAUCAAAUCCCUGCGUUCCGAAGACGCGGGAUUGUACGAAUGUCAGGUCAACACCGAGCCGAAGCUCGGUCUGCUCUACCGACUCAUCGUGACCGACUUGCAAGUCAACAUCCUGGGGCAAAAGCCUGACAUAUAUGUAAAGGAGGGCAGUAUGCUUAACCUGACCUGCGCAAUCGUGUCUGGCGGAGUGAAUGAGCCGCUGGCAGUGGCAGGGAUCCAGUGGUUGAAAGACGGACAAGAGAUCGAGUCGAACGUGGCUCCAGAUGGGAAGAAAUGGUCCCAAGUUUCCCACAGAAUCAAAAACAACCACUCGAGGCACAAACCGGCGAAAGUCACCACUCUUCGAAGGACCCGACAUCAACACGAUUCUGACAGCAUCAGGGAUGACGUCACACGUCAUCAUCCUAGCUGGACCAUGACAGCCGUCUCCACGACAGAGAAUUCAGCUCUGGCAUCCCCCUCUGUUUCUACACCCGUCAUCAUCACCAAGCUGAAACUCAGUCGUCUCAUUGUGCUGCAUGCAACAAAGCAGGACUCCGGUGUCUACCAGUGCGUCCCACCACACGGCAAUGCUUCUCAAGUCUUUGUGCACAUCAUCCAAGGUGAGAAUUCAGCUGCUAUGCAACACGGAGAUCCAAGCGGAGCAGCAACUCUUGCCAGCGACUACAAGUUUGCAUUGUCGCUCACAGCAUACUUGAUUUACUUCCCUUUCUACUCCUGUUGCUGAUUUGGUGCAUGUGUAAAGUUUGACUAAUGCAUAAGUGGUAUUUUUUAAGAAA